AUGAACAAUUCAAUGACAACUACAAUUAAUAAAUUAAAUAACUUAAAUAUUAAUAGUUAUAAAGUUAUCCUAAAUAAUAGUAAUAAUAAUAUUAAUAAUAAUUAUUAUAAUAAUUAUAAUAAUAAUAAUAAUAAUAAUAAUAUGAUACCAUCUGAUCAAAUGAAAAAAAAGUAUCCAUAUCUUUCACAAUAUUUUCCAUCAACAUGUGAUGCUUUGGUUAAAAAAGUGUGUAGUUGGGUAAUUGAUCAAAAACAAAAAAAUACAUGUCGAGGUGUUUCCACUCCAUCUUGUAAAAUCUUAUCAAAUAAUAAUAUGGAAACUGGAGUUUCUGAAAUUUUAGAAACUAUAUUAACUUAUAUAGUUGAUGAUUUAAAAGAAAAUGAAUACCUUUUAUUGGUAUCUUUAUAUUUCGCUGAUAAAUAUGUAAAUAAAGCUGGUGUAAGACAAUCUCAAAUUUUAUGGUUAAUUUUAAUAAGUUGUAUAGUAUCUUUUAAAAUGUAUUCCGAUUCAAAUAAAAUUCAAACAAAAAAGAUUGAAAAAAGAUUUUCAAUUGACAUUAAAGAUAAUAUAAUUGGUAAAAUUGAAGUUCAAUUUCUUUCAAAUAUAGAUUAUAACUUGUAUAUUGAUGAAAAAACAAUAACAUCAUUUAUUACUUGUUUAUUUAUUGACUAUAAAAUUAAUUGUCAAACAAAUUUAGAUUUAAUUCAAUCAAUUUUAUCCCAAAUUCAAAGUGUUAUUAAAACUACCGAUUGA